AUGGUUGUCCACCAAUGUCAGCGAUGCUUUAGAGCAAAACCAACAUUACUGAAACAACAGAUGGGUGAGCUGCCAACGGCGCGCGUUACAGUAGCUAGGCCAUUUUCCAGAACCGGUUUGGACUAUUUUGGACCCGUGCAUAUUCGCGACGGGCGAAAGCGACCUGCGAUUAAAGCAUACGUCGCGGUGUUCGUAUGCAUGUGCACUAAGGCAGUGCACAUGGAGUUAGUCACUGACCUGUCAACGGAACGCUUCUUACAAGCACUACGCCGAUUUAUCUCAAGACGGGGAAGGUGUACUGAUUUGUAUUCCGAUAAUGGGACAAAUUUUGUCGGCGCGCGAAACCAAUUAAAGGAAUUGCGGAAUUCACUAAGGGACAAAGAGCAUCAAGAGAAGGUUUCUAAGGAAUGCGCACAGAACGGUAUGCAGUGGCACUUCAACCCACCUAGUGCCUCGCACUUCGGAGGCCUUUGGGAGGCUGCCGUUCGCUCAGCCAAACAUCAUUUGCUUCGUGUGUUAGGAGAAAAUCCAAUUGCGUUUGAGGAUUUCAACACCUUGUUAAUCCAGGUUGAGGGUUACUUGAACUCCCGCCCACUCACUCCACUGUCGGAUGCCCCAAGUGAUAUGGAGGCGCCAACACCUGGUCAUUUUUUAACCGGAGGAUCCCUGCAAGCUAUCCCAGAACCGGACUACACUGACGUGAAACUUAAUCGCUUGAGUCGAUGGCAACUGGUACAAUGGCAGCUGCAAAACUUCUGGAAGCGUUGGCGGACAGAAUAUUUAUCCCAACUGCAAGGUAGAACGAAAAAUUGGGAACCUCCGUCGAAGGUAGAAAUCGGAAGGUUGGUGAUCAUCGUCGACAGCAACCAACCACCAAUGCGAUGGAAGAUGGGUCGUAUACAUAAGCUGCACCCUGGUCCUGAUGAUGUAGUCCGCGUAGUGACCGUAAAAACUGCAACGGGAUAUCUGCAACGGCCAAUCGUUAAACUGUGCAUAUUACCAUCUCCAGAGACCGAAAAUUCAGCUGACGCGACAAGCAAUUAG